UGGCGUUGUGCUUGCAUGUUGUUUAAAUAUGUUGGCGUUAAACUGGAGAUACUUCUGUCCGCGAUGCCGCUAUAGCUAGUGUAUAAUGUCAGAACAGAAACAGGGUACUUUGACGUCUAUCGGUACUAAUAAAAAGGAGAAAAAAGUGAAAGAAGUUUCCAAAACAGUACGUUUCACUAUUACACUUGGGGAGUCGACGGAAGAAGCAUGUCCUGAGUUCAACUACAGGGAUUUGCUCCGUUCCGCAGAGAAGAAAAGGAAGACGAAACUUAAAUCUGACUAUCAGGUGAAUGGAACUAGUCCAUUUCCUGAUAAUGACGAUGACGAGGAAGAACUGAAACAGUUGGCAAGAAAGUAUGAAGAAAAAUAUGGAGUUGGCCGUAAGAAACAUGGCAGAUAUGUUGAUUACGUUGAUUUGGGUGCAGGAUAUGAUGAAACAGAUCCAUUCAUUGACAACACAGAUGCAUAUGAUGAAGUUGUUCCCGAGGAGAUGACAACUGCACAUGGUGGCUUCUAUAUUAAUUGUGGUCCUCUAGAAUUUAAAGAAGUAUCUGAUCAGUCUGAUGUUGAAGAGUCAAAAGACAUUAAAAAUAAGAAAAGGGUUAAGAGGGUACUUGCUUUGCCUGAUGAUGUAGGUAGUGAAGAAGAUACUGAAAGUGACGCUGUAAAAGCUCCGAGUCUUGUGUCUCCAUUAAAGAAACCAAAAUUAAUGGUUGGAAAAUCUGAUUUACUGAAGAAACAAAAAUAUGCAUCACAUGAUAGAGAUAUUUUGAAAAAGAAAAGAAAACGAGCUAUUGAUUUAAUAAAGAGGAAGUCACCAACAGUGAAAGAAUUAUUAAAAGAAAAGAGAGAGUAUCUGGAGCCUACAGUUCCUCCAGUUCCAGAACCUGAAACAGAACCCAAACCCACAGUUCCAGAGAUAAAGAAAGCUGAACCAAGAAAUGUCGUUGUCGACUCUAAACAGCUGGUUGUGGAACCAAAGAAGCCCAGUGUAUUGCCAGCUCCUAAGGUGCAGUCCAACACAAUAACUGACGUAAUAGAGUCAGUUGUAAGUGCGGCACGCGGUGACGAUGAAGUAAGUAAAGACAGUGCUAGCUCAGUAUCCAGGUCUGCUUCAGCAUCUGUAAUGUCAAGUGAUUCAGAUGCCAGUCAGGAUGUCGAAGCAGACCUUGCUUGUGCUGAGACAGACAUUAUAGAUAAGGAAAAGGAGGAGCAAAAAGAAAAGACUGAAGAAAAAUUACCAGAGAACUUAUCUGAAGAUAUGAAGGAACUUAUAGGAGAUCUGAAGAUUGCUGCCCUCAGUGCUGAUGGAAAGUGCAAAUUUUUCUCUGCAGAAGUAAAUCAGAUGGUUUUAAGCUUGGAGUACAAAUGCCAGCAGCUUCCUUGCAAUAUUAGACAUCAGGUUUAUAGCCAUUUGGCCACAUCCUUGCCUUGUACCAAAGAGACCCUAAUGAAAAGAGCAAAAAAACUGCGACUGCAAGCCGAAGAGGAUAAAAUGAAGUUGCCUUUGAGAAGGCUUAAGAAUGCAAUAGACAAAAUAAUGCCGAUCGCUCUUGAAGCAUUUACAAAGGAAUGUCAGAAAUUAGGAGCAGAAAGUGGCGUGGAAUCGAUACAAACGAAAAGUAGUGAUAGUGAAGAAGAAGAAACGGACACAAAACUAACAAGAAUUCCAAAGCGAAGAUUUCCGUGGACUGACGAAUUAAGGUUCAAUCUGUGUGAGGUAGUUCGCAUUAAGCUGCAGUGCAUUGAGCUCCAGAAACCACGUAAAGAAAGUGUAGCUGAGAUCAUUCGUAAUUUUUUGGAGGAGAAAGUGAAACCACUUUGGCCUCCUGGGUGGAUGAAAAUAUCUAUUCUCCAGCGAGAAUGCAAGGAAGUGUACAGCAGUCCUCAGCUGAAGAAGAAAAAGGCAGUUGCUCUUCCAAGGAAAAUACCUUAUCCAUCAACUGGUAAUCAGACACAGCCAACACCAUCAUACCACAAUACAAAUGGUGGUUCAGCAAGCGUCAGUACUGGACUUAAAAUAGUGAAGAAUGUUGGGCAGACUUCAGGAAACCCAAAUUCUGGUCCUACUGUAAGGCCUCAGGCUGGAGCUGUGGUCAAAAUGAAAUCUGAACUAAACACAGCAAUGUUUCAUCAUGGUACUGCAGGAAAUGUGGUUCCUAGACCUAAAAAUACCCCAGCGUUACCUAAUCCAGCAGCUAAUCAGACACUUACUAAUCCUACAAGUGUCUUGUCAGUGAAUUCCACCAGUAGUGGUAGCAGUAUUCGUAGUGCUUCCCAGGCAUCUAGUGGUAACAAAGUAGGAGUGCCUCAUUUAUUGUCAAGUAGCCCUGUGAAAGUGAAAAGUGGUAGUGAUGUGUUUAUGAGACAAAAUGUUUCUGGGAAAAAGAGCCCUACAUGUACUCCUGAAAGGCUAUCACCUUCAGUAUCAGUAGCGAGUGUUGUGCAGUGUAAGACUAAAGGUGGUGUAGAUAUAGUUCCUUCCAAAGGUUUGGAUUUGACUAUCAGUGGUGGGGGUAAGCAAUCUCUUCCAUCUGUGAGCAGCAGUACUGGUAAAAUAAACUCUGAAAUUAGUAUUAUACCUGUUACUGUUUCUUCCCAGACUGUUGUCUCUCAGAAGUCUCCUGCACUUUCUCUAGCUAAUUUACCAGACUGCAUUAGUGUAACUCCAGCCAUUUCUUCCUCAGUACAAUCUUCCAACACUAUAGGCAACACGAAAGCUGUUAUAAGCCUGAAGCAAAGAAUUCUGCAAGAUGCCACAAAGGAGAGGACAAGGUCACCUAUCAACGUUGGCAACCUUACUUUACCCGGCAAUCUUGAAGAGGAGGGUAUAGAAGUAAUUGAAAUAAUAAAUGACAAUUCCAUCGCAUAUGAUAAUCAGAAGAGUGAAAAUUUUAGAUCGGACGAUAUGCGUAACAUUACUCAUACCAAAAUGAAGACUGAAAUAAGAAAAAGAAAGAAAGGUAUUCCAAAAGAGCUCCCCAUCUGCAAGUCUUGAACCCAUUCAUUCUGCAGCAGAACUGAAAUCUCAAGCAUCAAAAAUCUUUACAAAGAAUUCAGACAAGCAGUUGUGCGAAGAAACUGCUGCAGCUGCUGACAUUAUAAACCAAAUGAUAAGUGAUUUCUCCAGUAAACACUUCCAAUCAGAGUACAAAAGAGCUACAUACUAGUGAAGGGAAACAUUUGGGGGUCACACCUAGUGCUGAUGGCUUUUACCCUUUCACAAGCAUCUAAAAGGGAACUGGAUACAAAUGUCCAGGAGAAAGAAGAAACAGAUAUGGAAAUUAAGAGAAGCAAUGACGGUGACAAGAAAUUUGAUGAUGCAAUUGUAAAUAGUGAGUCCAAACAGUCUGCUGCUGAUAUAGAAAUAGGCAAAGAAAUUAGUCGUGUCAUGAAAAUCAAUUGUUGAGUUACAGAAUAUGAGUGUGUGAAGAUACCAGUCAGACUGCAGAAAAAUACACUCAACCCAGAAACUCUGCUGUCUCAGUGCAUCCUGUAAGUAAUUCAAAAUCUUCACAUUUAAAAACUGUUGUAGAAUCUGAAGAUGCUAAUAUAGUGAGUGCCCAUUCAUCACCAAAGUCUUCAAGUGAAUUUGGGAAAACAAACAUUUUGUUUAGUGGUUUCCAAGAAGAGUUUCAAAAACAUAUUUUUUCGUGAUAGUACAAUGGCGGAGAUUGAGACUUUGAACUUCAAAACAGGAAAAGGUGCUAUAACAAUUUCGCCAAUCCCACAGCAGGGGUCAAACUGCAAUGAAACACAGUUCUUUAACAGUGGAAGGGUCUCAGAGCCGUCUGUCUUCUGCACCUUCGCGAAAUCGCAGUGCUGUUACUUCUGGCAGCCAUUCUACAAAGCCCAUAAGUAAUAAUCCUGAGACCUAUAGUGAGUCUUCAUUUCCUGGAAGACAAUCGAGUUCAACUGUGUCUGGUUACCAAGAUGUUAAGACAACACUUUCUUCUCAGACAGGAGCAACUCAACAUUCCCCAUCAUAUUUGUAAUUUACACCAUUGUGGAUCAGUUUGUGUGUUUUAUGUGCGCAUUUAUAUUUGAUGCUCAAGUGCCAAGUGACAGUUUGAGUCCUGUUGUAUACAUGGGAACUAAUAAACUUGCAUAUUAUGGCAGCAACCAGUUAUUGAGAGUUGGGGAAAUUUGCAAGAAAGUAAUAGCGAACAGUUGAUAGUAUUUUAGUAGGAGCAAAACAUGUCUUAUUCAUUUGUACUGAAGUAUACAGCCAAAAAAGAACUAUUUGUGCGUCAGAUUUUUUGUAACUUAUGUAUUGUGAAAAUAGGUAAUUUGCUUGCAGUUACUGAAUGAAUGUGUGAAGCAUGUAUAUUUGAAACUGUUGUUUUGUUUGAGAUAUAUUGUAACAGAAAGUAAAGUAAUACUGAACACAUGAGUGCUACAUAAGUGUGCAAUUGUUUUCCUUCGAUUCUUCCAGUUAAAUCGUAUAAUUUAUUUCAAACUUGUCAAUCAGUAUUAAUGUGUAAAUUGACAGCAUUACAGAAACUGAAUCUAUAUCUGCAUGUCUGACUUUGGAUGUUUUUGAAACACAAGUGCACAUAUAUAAUUUUCCUCUUCAUUUUACACAAUAGUUUCAGAGCUGCACACCAUUUUCUAUAACAUGCAAUGAUGUUAAUAAAAUUCAGUAUACUGUCCUUAAAAUUUAUUUUAAAAUGAAACAUGAUUUGAGAUAGAUAUUCGUAUGCAUUUAUGUGUUUACACAACGUAUAUGUAUGUAUAUAUGUAUAUGACUAUAUUUUAUAUGUGUCCUGAAUGUUAUAAUGCAGAAAUAUUGUCAUCAUGAGUGUGAUCAAAACUCUAGCAUUGUAUCUAAAUAUUAAUAUUAUUAUAAAGAUAUAUAUCCUCGGAUAAGAAUUAUAUUUAUAAUUUAACAGUUGUAAAUUUUAGUUUUGUGUAUUUGCAACCUACGCUCUUUUCAUAAGUCUGUGUAAUUGGAAAAAAUCUCAUUUUCUUUGUAAUUAUGUGAAGAUUUAUAUGUUUUUUAUGUAUUCCCUGUUUUCAGGCUUUCCUCACCCAGAACCAAAAUAAA